AUGGACGCCGGCGACUUCAGACUCGUCAUUGAAAAGGCUGACACGUCGCACAAGUUUGAGAGUCCCCUUCCCGACCGUCCUGGUUUCAAUACCGUCGGAAAGGCCAUCCAAAUCCGCGUCAAUCAAUUCAAAGUCACUGAAUACCCGACUCGAAGUAUCUACCAAUAUGACAUCCAGUUUGGCAAUGGUUUGGAAGCCAAAGGCAAGGUCAUGGCCGCUUGGAGAUCCAAAGCUGUUCAGGGCGAAUUGAAGAAAGUUCACGUUGGACCCUGGCUCUGGGAUGGAAAUAAGAUUGCUUGGUCUUGUGCCAAUGUUCAGGAGCUUCGCAUCACGGUUGAUUUCGACAAGGAGAAAGAACCCCCUCGCGCUCCACGUCCAAUUCCUGACACAUGUCGGGUUGUCAUCAAACAAACUAAGCUUCUUAAUCUGGCCGUCAUUUCUGCGUAUCUCGCGAAGAGGAUGCCUUUUGACACUUCCGUCUUGGAGGGAAUUAACUUCUUUGAUCAUCUUAUUCGUGCUAUGCCGUCUGAGCACUAUCAUACCCAGAAGCGCAGCUUUUUCAGCAAGGGUACCGCUCAAGUCCUCCUUGACAAUGUCAUCGUUGCCCAGAAGGGUGUGUACUCGUCCAUUCGUCUUUGCAGUCCUGUCCCAUCAAAUGGAGGCGCUGGUACCGGUCUUGCUGUUAACGUUGAUGUUGCCAAUGGAACAUUCUGGACCGUCCAGGAUCUUCAUCAAGCCGCCCGAAACUACUGCAAGUCCAAGAAUCGCAGCCUUGACUGGCAAGUUUUCAGCAAUCUUGUGAAGCCCGUCAAUUCAGGAAAUGGUCUCACCAUGUCAGAGGAGUUCAAGGAGCUUCGCAAGAUGUGCAAGCUGAAGUUCACCGUUAAGCACCGUACCAAGAAUACUGCUCUUCAGAAGAAGGCUUACAGCAUUAAGAGAUUUGUCUUCAAUGCAAGUUAUGGUGCUGCUGGUGGCAAUGCCAAGGCAGUCUCGUUUCCCUUGAAGCAAAAGAAUGCGGCCGGUGUCGUUACAAAUACCGUUGACAUCUCAGUCUAUGACUUCUUUAAGCAGCAUUACGGGAUCCACCUCCAGUACUGGUAUCUCCCUCUCAUUGAGACCGAGAGAGACGGCUACUUCCCUAUGGAGGUCUGCACUCUUGUUGCCAAUCAAAAAUACGUGUAUAAGCUUAGCCCUGACCAGACUGCUGCGAUGAUCAAGUUUGCAGUCACUCGACCAAAGCAGCGGAUUGAGUCUAUUCAGCAUGGUGUUGGGAUGCUCAAGUGGCACCAAGAUCCAUAUCUCCAAUACUUUGGCAUGAAGGUCGAUCCAAACAUGACAGUUACCAAUGCUCGCCUCCUCCAGAAUCCCGAGAUUGCAUACCAAGGCGCCAAAGUCAACCCUGGCACUUCAGGCCGUUGGGAUCUUCGUGGAAAGAAGUUCUUAUUUGCCAACCCUCAACCUCUUGUAUCUUGGGGCGUUAUGAUCGUAGGACAUGAUACUGUUGAUGAGCCAACUGUCCGCAAUUUCCUCAGCGUCUUUAUGCAGACUUACACAGGCCAUGGCGGUAAGAUCCAGAACCGAAACCCUGCCAUCUUCACCCAACCGCGCAAUUCAGAUAUUGGUGAGGCAGUUGCGCAGGGCCGACAAUUCAUUGGAAAUGCAGCUGGUGGUAUGCCCCAAAUCAUGCUUUUCAUCCUCCCUGGCCGCGACUCUUUUAUGUACGAGCGCCUAAAGAGGAGUAUGGAGUGUCGCUUUGCUAUGGUCUCACAGAUGAUGAAUAUCGCUCAUGUCAGAAAGGCUCAGCCUCAAUACUGCUCCAACGUCUGCAUGAAGCUCAACUCUAAGCUUGGAGGAACUACUUGCAAGAUUAUCAGUGGCCCUAGCCCAACUACACCAGCUUUCACUCGUCCAACCAUGAUUAUUGGUGCCGAUGUCUCUCACCCCUCCCCAGGCAGUCUGCAAGCUUCCAUGGCUGCUAUGACGAUGUCUUUUGACAGUAUUGCUUGUCGCUAUGCUGCUGCUGUUGAGACUAAUGGACAUCGUGUGGAGAUGAUCAGUGAGACUAAUAUUAACAAUUUCUUUGGCUUCUUAUUCCCUGAAUGGGUCAAGCAAGUUGGCAAUGGUCGACUCCCCCAACACAUCUACUACUUCCGUGAUGGUGUUUCAGAGGGUCAGUAUGCUCAUGUCCUUGACCAGGAAGUCGCUAUGAUGAAGGCAUUCAUUGAGAAGAAAUAUCCUGGCUCAAUGCAAAACAUCCGCUUCACCAUCACUGUUUGUUCGAAGCGCCACCAUAUCCGUUUCUUCCCUCGGGAUGGCGAUCGAAAUGCUGCUGAUAAUAAUGCCAACUCUCUUCCGGGUACAUUAGUUGAGCGCGAUGUCACCCAUCCAUUUGAGUACGACUUCUAUCUGUCCUCUCACUCUGCUAUCCAGGGCACUGCCCGUCCAACCCAUUACCACGUGCUCAAGGAUGAGGCCAAGAUGCCACCAAAUGAGUUCCGGGCCAUGAUCUACAAGCACUGUUACCAGUACCAGAGAUCUACUACCCCUGUCUCGCUUUUCCCUGCCGUCUACUAUGCUCAUUUGGCUAGCAACCGCGCUCGUGCUCAUGAGGGUAAACCAGCCUCCGAGGGCCCUCGUGGUGGUCAAAAGUUCGAGGAGCUGCAACAAGAUGAUGCCGUACGUCGUGCUAAAGGCCAAUCAACUAUUGGUGGAAGCUCUCGUAGCGGCGACAAAGGAUCUGAGGCUCGUCCUCUUCUUCCUAUGGGAGAGCUUGAGGGUGCAGACCGUGAUCGUGUCACUCGUCUCCGCACUGGCAUGUGGUAUAUUUAA